CGCGGCGCGGCCUGCCCUGUGCGGCCUCCUUUUCCCUUCCCUGGCCUUCGCUUCUCUUCUUCCCCUUCAGAGCCCUACGUCUUCCUUCCUGGGUUUCCCUGUCCGCUUCCCCCGUGUGGUUUACCCACUUCGGUCUCCGCCUUCCCCGGCUUUCUCCUUCCCGGUCUACUCUUUUCCUUCUCUGGCCUCCUUCUCGGGUCUCCUCUUCCCCAGCCUCCUCAUUCCCUUUCCCUACCCUCUUCCCCAACCUCCCCCUUCCCCUUUCUCGGUCUCUCUUUCCUGGGCCCAGCCUCUCUUUCCUGGCCUCCCCUUCAGAGCCUCCUUUUCCCUCCUUCCCAUACCCUUUCCGUCCUCAUUUUCCCCAGUCUCCUUCCCUUCCCAGCUUUCUCCUCCCCUUCCCCCAGCCUCUAGCCUGGCCCUGCACCCUGCCCUUGUCACCCUGUUCCUAUUCAUAGAUAGGUUCUGUCCUAGAGCUGUUUCUCUAGAGCGGGCCUCUCAGGCAGCCUUCUCUGCGGGCAAUCACGGCCAGGAUUGCCUCACAGAGAACAGAGGCCCUGGUGACCCGACGUGUGGUUAGGCCAGUGCUGUUGAGACAGUAACCACUUCCUGUUUGGGGGACUCCCAGAUGUACAGUCCUCUGCGAUUGGACUGGUCAUUAGGCCUGGGCAUGUUUGUUGAUAGCUUUGGCCUGAGCCUGCCAUGUGCUGUGGCUUUAUUCCUAACUUCAGGACAGGACUGCCCUGUCCAGUAGUGAAGGCUGUGGGUCUAGCCUUGACACUUCUUAGGCCUGCAAUUUUCUUUUAAUAGAUUUUGCAUCUUAGAGCAGUUUUAGAUUCAUAGCAAAAUUGAGCAGAAAGUGGUUUCUACUGCCCACCCCUCAGGCCAGAGCUGCCACAGUGGGGUGUUUUCCAGUUACCCCUCCUGUUCUGUGGGCUGAACAAAGGUGCUGGGACAAUGGUUCCUCAGCCUAGUGCCUUCUUUUGGUCCUGGGAUCAUUAAAGGGCUCUCUGGGACCUUUCUCUUACAUUUGGGUGCACUCAGUUUUGAACCACCCAGCAAGUGGGUGGACACAGUGGGAGAAGACAAGAUCCAGGCCAAGUGUGGGAGUCCUCCGCCCUGGGCCUUGCCCUGUGCCCCAGGAUAGAGCCCUGCCUCUGUGUCUGCCCACCAGCUUGCAGUCUGGGUGAAGCCCUGGCACCUUGUUUUCAAAGAUUUUUUCAUUUUUUUCUAUCCUGUGUUGCCAGGAUCAGAGGCCUUGAGUUUAGUUGAUUUCUCUAGGCUUAGGGAGAAAUAUUGGCCUCUCCUCUAUGAUCUCAAAUAGCCUGAAGGACAGUCUUGUUCUGGAAUUUUCUGGGUAUUAAACCCUGACACACUAUAAAUACAGACCAGUCAGGUUGCAUCUAGUUUUGUAAUUGUGCUAUGAAUGCCUUGCUUUUUGAAAUCUGUUGUUUGCUUUAGGAAGAGACUUGUUCUUCCCUUUAGUUUUACCAUGGUAAAUUCUACCAAAAUGAGACCUGCACGCUUGGUAGUCACAGGGGCAAGUUUAACAAAGUUGAGCUGUCACUAACUGCAUUUCCAAAAGCUCUGAGUUGUCACAGCCCCUUUAAUCUGACUGUUGAAGGAUCAGCCAAAAGCAGCAGGUGCUAGCAUUGACUGGGGCCUUCUACCCUGAUGGUCAGUUCCAGCCACACAUCUGUGCACACUCAUAGCACUUAGAAUUCACCCUGUCCUUUGGUUUUUGGGGGAAUUUGUGUUAUGAAUAUUUGCCCAGUGACUAAUAAAUAAAAAGACCCAUAAAAAUGGGUCUUCUCAAAAAUAGGCACUGCGUUCCUUUGUUCUGAACCAGCCCUGCCUUGACUAGAGAUUUGCUUAACUUAGUAUUUAUUCGAUGAGCCCCUUGGUCCAGGGUGUGUCUCGGUGACAAGAUGGUGACAGAUAUAUGUCCCAGAGCAAACACGCAGAGGCCCGAGAGCUCAUGUACUCAGGAGCACUGCUCUUCUUCAGUCACGGCCAGCAAAACAGUGCUGCAGACUUAUCUAUGUUAGUCUUGGAGUCCCUGGAGAAGGCAGAAGUGGAAGUGGCUGAUGAACUGCUGGAAAAUCUGGCUAAAGUAUUUAGUCUGAUGGAUCCAAAUUCUCCGGAGCGAGUGGCUUUUGUGUCCAGAGCCCUGAAGUGGUCCAGUGGAGGGUCCGGGAAACUGGGCCAUCCCCGGCUCCACCAGCUGCUGGCCCUCACGCUGUGGAAAGAACAAAACUACUGCGAGUCUCGGUAUCACUUCCUGCACUCCACUGACGGCGAGGGCUGCGCUAACAUGUUAGUGGAGUACUCCACCGCCCGGGGCUUCCGCAGUGAGGUGGACAUGUUCGUGGCCCAGGCGGUGCUUCAGUUUCUCUGUUUGAAAAACAAGACUAGUGCACUGGUGGUCUUCACAACGUACACGCAGAAGCACCCGUCGAUCGAGGAUGGGCCACCAUUCGUCCAGCCCCUGCUCAAUUUCAUCUGGUUCCUGCUGUUGGCCCUGGAAGGCGGCAAGCUGGCCGUGUUCACGGUGCUGUGUGAGCAGUAUCAGCCGUCCCUCCGGAGGGACCCAAUGUACAACGAGUACCUCGACAGGAUAGGCCAACUCUUCUUUGGCGUGCCGCCCAAGCAGACAUCCUCCUACGGAGGCUUGCUAGGGUUCAGAAGUACAGAGCGCCUGCAUCCCUUCGGCUCCGUGUCUGGUCUCCUGCUGGCAGGCAGCCCAGCCAUUUCACUCCCGGCAGAGGCAGCUGUGCAGGUGCCGGGACACACACCUGCUGCCAUUCACCUUGCAGAUGGCCGCAGGCCGCACCUCACAUGUUCUACUUGCCAAAGCACGCACCACAUGAUGGGAACUUGCUGAGCAGCCUCAUGGGCUCCUCGGAGCAGGAGGAGGGGGAGGAAAGCCAGGAUGACAGCAGCCCCAUCGAGCUGGACUGAGCUGCCGGCCUGCAUGGAGACGCCCAUGGUCGGCACCACCGGACAGUUUCAGGAGCCAGGCCCAGAACGUGGCUCCUCACACCCAGCAGGCUCCUGAUCUGUGGUUGGCGGGGCUGCCUGUAUUGCGUCUGUCCCUAUUUAUGUAAGGUGGCUGAGGGCUGCACAGUCCGCCUGAUGCUGCGUGGCCAGGACUUGAGACUGAGGCCCAGGCUUCUGCGGGCGGCCAUGUCCCUUCAGCUCAAUCACAAUAAAGCGCAGGCCUUGCUGCGGCGUCCCUCUGCCAUCCUUGUCUGUGGUUCCUUGGGGAGGGCUACGGGAUGACAGGCAGCCUAUCGUCAGUGACUAGACUGAUUGCGCCCAGCAUCCCCGCUCCAGGCUCCCAGCACAGCCUGUGGCAUGCAGAGGAGGCAGUGGCCACCAAGAUGGGGACUGAGCCAGCCUCCUGAGGGCCUGUAAACGUGCGCGGGUUUCUCGUUUAUCUUUUAUUGUUUUGAACACGGGGUCGUUUUGCAAUCAUGGUGUACUUACCCCUCACAGAUGGGACGGGUGAGCUGUGGGCUCCUUGCAGCUUGGGCAGCAGCUGGCCAGACCGAUGCUUGCAUGGUCCUUGACUGUGGCUGUGGCCCCAGUGGUGCCCUGACAUGGCCAGCAAAGCUCCUCUGUGCAAGUCCCGAGCCACAGCCCUGCUGCUUUCGCAGGCACCGCGCUGCCUCUCCAGAAACGCCCUUUUAAAGAGGGGCGCUGAGAACUUUCCACGUCCUUCGUGAUGCAGUAUUUAUUUUUAUUGGGUGAUGGAUUUCUUUGACCUAACGUUUCAGGUUUUAACCAAAUAAGCAGUCCAGGAAUGAGCAAAUCUGUCCUUUAUCACUUAUAAUAUUUCACAUGUUACCAGUAUAAUUAUAAAGGGAAACACUUUAUUUUUUCACGAUUAAGAGUUGUAGAUUAAUACACAGUGAUCCUGCAUGGGAAGAAGGGAGAUGUACGUUAUUUACUGUAAAAAUGGAAUUUAAAGGAAGGCUUGUCAAUUGUUGAGUAUAAAUAAAUCCUUUAUACUGGG